AUGCAACAAAAUAAAGUAUUUAAUUCGGGUGAUAUAUUUGAUGAUCAAUUUCUGGAUGCGAUAGAACCAGCGGAAUAUGUUAAUGUUGGCGCAUUCUUCCACAUCUUUGAUGCCGAGACACAAAGAGACGUGUGUAGACGUCUCACUCGCCUAUGCAAACGUGCUAUCAUCGGAUGGAAGAGUGGUGCGUUGAUACCAACAGAACUUCCAAAACCUUUAUCAUUUAAGGGAACUAUGAUGUGGUAUUCUCUAGAAAGCUUUACGCGUAUGUGGGAUGAAGUUACAGGUGGCAAAUGGCACGUGGAAAUAAAUGCUCGUGAUAAUCUAGCACCUGAUGGACAAUUAUUUGUUGAAAUGUGUGAAAAAGAUAAAGAAUUUUGUUCUUCAGUUACAACAAGAACAACAGAUAGAAAUUUUAAUUGUUUAGAUUUAUGGGUAGAAGAUUUUGUUCAUGAACAUCGUCAAUGGCAAUUAGGAGGUUUUGUUGAUAAUGGCCGAAAUAUUAAUUGUCCUUUCAAUCGUUCAUUAUUACAUGAAUUAAGAGAAAAAUAUGGAAUUCAACUUAAAAAAACGGACAAUUCAUCAAAAAAUGCCAUACACAGUUCUGUUCAUUGA